AAGUCGAUUCGAAUCGAUACUCGCCCGCACCUGCCCACUCACUCGCUCGCUGCGGGUCUCUCUCUGUGGGUCUCUCUCGUUCUGUCUCUCUCUGUGGGUCUCUCUGUCUCUCUCUUUCUGUCUGCUUCUGUCUCUCUUCGUGUCUCUCCGUCUUCUCUGCUGCUCGCUACUCUUCGUGUUGUUGGUGUUGUGCGUGGCACGUGUGUGUUUAUAUAUCGUGUUUGUGCUGCUGCUGCUGCUGGUGACUUUUUGUGUUUCGUAUCGAAAUCUCCUCCAGCGCGCUCUUGCUGCUGCUGGCGGCAAUAAAAGUUGUUCACAAGUCAACUCUCUCUGCACCGUCGCCGUUGUCGUCUCCCCAUCUCUCCCUCUCUCUCGCCAUGUCCUCGUCCACCACCUCCACCUCCUCCACCACCUCCACCACCUCUGCGCUCUCCAUGCUGCUGCUGUCGCUGCUGCUGACCGCGGCUCUCGGCAUGUGGCUGCCCGCGCUGCUCGAGGCGCUGCUCGGGAGCCGCGCGGCGCUCGCCAUCGUGGCGGCGUACGGCGUCUUCGCCCUCAGCCUCGCCAGGGCGGCCGUGCCGCGGGGGAGCCUCGCGGCGAGUGGCAAGGCGGUGCUGGUGACGGGCUGCGACUCGGGGCUGGGCCGGCUGCUCGUGGCUCGCCUGCACUCGCACGGCUUCUCCGUGCUUGCCGCGUGUCUGCACAAGGACGACGGCGGGGAGGGCGCGCGGGAGCUGGAGAGCCAGGCCUCGGAGCGGCUGCGCGUGCUGCAGAUGGACGUGCGCAGCGACGAGCAGGUGGCGCGCGCCAAGGAGCUCGUGCAGCAGUACCUGCAGCAGCAGCACAUCAAGGGCCUGUGGGGAGUGGUGAACAACGCGGGCGUGACGGCGCUUGGCGACGCCGAGCAGGUGCCCGUGGGCCUCUACCGCGACGUCGCGGACGUCAACGUGUGGGGCACCGUGCGCGUCACGCAGGCGUUCCUGCCGCUCGUGCGCGAGGCCCAGGGCCGCGUGGUGAACGUGACCAGCAUGCUGGCGCGCAUGCCCGUGGCCUCCUGGGCGUCCGAGUGCGUCUCAAAGGCAGCGGUCGCCGCCUUCAGCGACUGCCUCCGCAUUAAGCUGCGCUCGGCGGGCGUGACGGUCUGCGAGGUGGAGCCCGGCAACCUGACCGGAGCCACGGAGCUGCUGAGCCCGGCCCGCCUGGACUCCACGCUGUCCGCGAUGGCCGACGCGUUGAGGCCCGGCCAGCGUGACCGCCUGGCGCUCGUGGCGCGCUCGCUCCGGGCCGCCGGCGCCAUGGGUGUGGAGCCGGCGCUGUGGGCCGUGAAGGACGCGCUGGUGUCCCGCUGGCCCUAUUCGCACUACCACCCGGCCGAACUGCACUGGAAGAUCCGCGCCUUCUUGGUGUCGCUGCUGCCCUGCGUGCUCACCGAUCGCGUCUUCGGGCUGCACGUCUGAUCGCGCGCCCCGCGUCGUCGUUCAGGGGUUUCGGUGGCGGGCAGCGGCGCUUCUCGCGACCCCUUUCCGCUACGACGAUCGGUCUACCGAGCUUGCGCCCCCGGCGGCGUAAUCAAAAUUGUGUCGCGUGAAAUGAGACGAAUCCCAUUCGGAUAUUUAAUCGAAGCAGUUGUGUACCCCUUGGUGUUUAGAGGACAGUCCGUGGAAGCGGAUAUCACAGAGACUAUUGGCAAGAUCCCUUCAAGUGAUCCCUGGUCAGCGCAGCGGGGAACGGCACUUAUCCGACCACUCUGCAUAUCAGAGUAGUGUUCGUCGCAUGGCGGUUAAACAGAAGUUUUUACUCGUUGACAAGCAAACAUUUUGGAAUAGCAAAAGGCAAAAACUUCUCAUAUUUUUUCGGACCAAAUUCACUGCUCCUCCGUUUUUUUCAACGGUUUUAUUUAACUUCACUCGCGUUUGUCGUGUUAAAAUCCUGUAAUCAAAAGUUAAUCUGCUUCCUGUUGUGCAAUCAAUUCCACAUUUUGCACACAUACUCAGAUCCGGUGACAAUGCAUGCAUGUAUGAAAAUGGGCAUCAAUUCAUCAAUCAAUUGCCUCCUUUAAAGCAAUUUAAAUUUUUGUAUGGACGGCUUAUUACUUAUAUAUAUAUUUGUGUAGGUCUAAAACGCCGCGGUCCCUAAACUGUGGCAUCGGCUCGCACAAGAAGCAGGCGCCAUUGACGCACUUCGCGACCGCGAGUUAAACGAAGUUGUUGAUAAAACCGUUGUUUAAAAAAAAAUGCAAGGAGUUUAUUACUGAUCAGUGCUGGAAUUCAGCCAGAUUUAGCGCAGAACCACAUGUCACGUGAUGGGCAUUUUUGAGCGAUACAUUUUAUUUUCGCGUGACAUCAACAUGCAACGUGAUAUCACACACGCAACGUGACAUCUACACACAAAGUGACAUCACACACGCAAGGUGACAUCACACACGUGACAUCACACACAUGACAUCACACACGCAAGGUGACAUCACACACGCAAGGUGGCAUCACACACGUGACAUCACACACGCAACGUGACAUCACACACGCAACGUGACAUCAUACGUGACAUCACACUUGACAUCACACACGCAAGGUGACAUCACACACGUGACAUCACACACGCAAGGUGACAUCACACACGUGACAUCACACACAUGACAUCACACACGCAAGGUGACAUCACACACGUGACAUCACACACAUGACAUCACACACGCAAGGUGACAUCACACACGUGACAUCACACACGCGACAUGACAUCUACACGCAACGUGACAUCUACACGCAACGUGACAUCAACACGCAAUGUGACAUCUACACGCAACGGUGCAGUCGUUGGACCAAGCUCUUCAUUCCCCACCGAAUGUUUCCGUAGCAGCGCUCAUGCUCGUGCCGGCGAGUAUUCAUUGGGUUCGUGUGGUUUUUCACUCUUUAAUUGCCUUAAUUCUGCUUAAUUCACUACCUCCCCUGGUAUGCAGGAGGUUGUGGGUUCAAUCCCAACCCUGACACCUGCUGUAUAUUUGGAGUUUGUGUGUUUUCCCCGUAAUUGCGUGGAUUUUUCUACGGUUUUUCCCUCCACAUUUAAAAUAAAAAUGCGUUUAGAGUAUUUGGCUGCGAUAAAUUUCCACGAGAAAAGCCAGUCUGGCUAUCAUUUGUGAUAGCCAGACCGCUUCUGAAAAAGAGCCAUGUAGCUCUCUGCAACCCACGUUUUAACCGCUUAACGCUUUGGAAGUUUCACUUUUAUUCCACUUUCUCGCUCCGGUAGCGUUUUGCGAACAGCUUAUCAGUAACAUCACGAACGAGCCUUCGUAUACUGCUCGCUGCAGUCGUGGCUGUGAUGGCCGUGGGAGUUGUUUCAAAAACAUUCAAGGUAGUAGUGCUGGUCACUUGUAUAUUUCUAGUUAACGGUCAGGUCAUUAGUGAUGUCCUCUACGUCCUGGGCAGUGUCUGAUAGUCAAGAAGUCAACGGCAGGCGAGUGCCGAGCGAUGUUUGUGUCCAUUGUGAAUGGGCAGACAAUAACACAUUCCUGCGGAGGGAGCUGGUAGGAACGUUGGGUUGCUCGGUCAAUGGCCAGGGUCAACGGCGGCGUGGUGUAUUCCGCAAAUAUGCCCCCCCCACCCAGUCCCACCCUCCCCACCCAGCCCCUCCCCACCCUCCCCACCCUCCCCAGCCAGCCCCUCCCCUCCCCACCCAGCCCCUUCCUGCACGACGGACACAAUAAUCCCCUGUGGGCUGGUGUAACCAGGAGGUUCCUACCCCCUUCUUAUGUCUGUUCCUCAGUGAUGAAGAUAACGAGUGGGAUUUUUUUUCUUCUACACAUCCGGUUAACCACGCGGCAUUCUGGGAGUGCGUAAUGUCAUCGGCAUUGGUUUGGUACAAGUCAACCUUGACCUUAAUCGGCACGCAGUGCCCCAUCAGCAGAGUCGGGCUCUAGAUUUGAAGCUUUCGUGACUGCAAGAGUAAGAGUCGGGCUCCUUUGGUGGCCAGUGGUCGAUAUUUUAGAACCGAGUAAUCGAAGACCGAUUUGUAACAUCGUGCGGAUAGCAAUAACAACCCAAUUCUAACCUUAAAUAACGACGGCUGCAGAGGUUGCUUUGCAUUAAACCAAUGGCACUGAAAAAAAACAACUGCCGGGAGACCGUGCGUGCGGCUGAUGGGAUGUGUGAAAAAAAACCCACUUAAAUGGCGCUGACGUCACCACGGCGCUUGUGCCAGGCUAGGUGCACUCCGAGGCCACGUGGACGGACAGAUCUGGGAUGGAGGCGUGCAUUGGCUCCUUAUUUUAAAAAGAGAGUUUGCAGAUUCCGACAUUUACAAAGAGGAUGCAGGGUGUUAUUAUCCACGAUGUAGAAUGUGAUUUUAAGUGUAGGAUUAUGUUGCGUAGAUGAUUUGGUAAUUCGCGCGGCAUGUAAAUGCGGUUUAUUUCAUUUUGAAUAUCACUGCCACAAAAUAAGAUUGCAUCGUCCACACAUAACUGUGAUGUAUCUGCAAAGCUAAUUCGAUAUUUGUGCACCGCUAACAGUACAAGAAUAUAACCCAAGGUUGACACGUUUCAAAUCAGAAGAGAAUUGAAAUGACCAAGAAUUGAGAAGUGUAAUGUGUGACGGUGCAGUCUUUAAGUGGUCAAUAGUAACUUUUUUAAAGCUUUGUGGAAUGAUGAAAAUUGAC